AUUUGUUGCUUGCUUGGCCUUCGCCCCUCGAGUGGAGGGGAUGGUGCCUUUCCUCGCCUCUUCCUGGACAUUGCGUGGAGUGAACCUUUCUGGACCGGCUUCACGCCCCGGCAAGGUGUUUGGAAAUGAGAACUGUCAGCACUAAGGUUGAGUCGGUGGAGGAUCUUGAGACAGCGGGGAAGGUUUCCUAGGAGGAUUAAAAGUGUGAAUAUGUAUGAAGCACUUAAAACAGCCCCUGGCCCAUAGGACAGUGUCUUCAGCCUUCAAGUUGUCACCGUAAAUUGUAGUGUGUCAAACUACACAAGGUGUCUUAGUUGAAAUUUCAAUUGAAUAAUUGGAGGAUUUCAUUCAGGAAACCAUAUCACAUUUGGUUGUUGUAUCUCCUUAGGCUUCUCCUGACUGUGACAAUUUCUCAGAUUUUCCUUGUUUUUGAUGACUUUGACAGUUUUGAGGAGUACUUACCAGGUAGAAAUGACUGUGGUAUUGGAAGAGCAUUACUUUUGGAAGUCCAGUUAACAUCCAUUUUCUAAGAGAAACUUGACCACCAUUUGCUCUGGCAUGGCGCAGAGCAGUCCACAGCUUGAUAUUCAGGUUCUCCAUGAUCUCCGACAACGUUUCCCUGAAAUUCCAGAGGGCGUGGUGUCUCAGUGCAUGUUACAGCAAUUGUGGUGAAUCCAAGAUUAGCCCAACAUUUUAAUUUGUUGAGAUGCAACAAGUAUAAAAUGAGUCCUGGAUUUGGAGUCAGAAAACUUGGGGUUGAGUCACAGUGUUCAUUAAAUAACAACAAUCUUGAAGCCUGUUGCCGAGCCCUCUCCCAGGAGAGCAGCAAAUACUUAUAUAUGGAAUACCAUAGCCCAGAUGACAAUAGGAUGAAUAGAAAUCGCCUUUUGCAUAUUAACCUGGGUAUCCAUUCUCCUAGUAGCUACCACCCAGGAGAUGGAGCUCAACUUAAUGGUGGUCGAACACUGGUACAUAGCUCAAGUGAUGGACAUAUUGAUCCACAGCAUACAGCAGGUAAACAGCUGAUAUGUUUAGUUCAGGAACCACACUCAGCUCCAGCUGUUGUGGCUGCUACUCCCAACUACAAUCCAUUUUUUAUGAAUGAACAGAACCGAAGUGCAGCUACGCCACCUUCACAGCCACCUCAGCAGCCAUCUUCCAUGCAAACAGUAAUGAAUCCAUCCGCUAUGCAAGGGCCUUCACCACCACCGCCGCCACCUCCUUCAUACAUGCACAUACCUCGGUAUAAUACAAAUCCAAUUACUGUUACAGUAUCCCAAAACCUCCCUUCGGGACAGACUAUACCAAGAGCUUUACAGAUUCUUCCACAAAUUCCAAGCAAUCUCUAUGGGUCUCCUGGUUCUAUUUAUAUUAGACAGACAUCUCAGAGUUCAUCAGGAAGACAGACUCCUCAGAGCACACCAUGGCAGUCCUCACCACAGGGCCCAGUGCCUCAUUAUAGCCAACGUCCUUUACCUGUUUAUCCACACCAACAGAACUAUCAGCCUUCUCAGUAUUCUCCAAAACAGCAGCAGAUCCCUCAGUCUGCUUACCAUUCACCACCUCCUUCACAGUGUCCUUCUCCCUUCAGCUCUCCGCAGCAUCAAGUGCAGCCUUCCCAGUUGGGCCACCCAAGUUCCCACGUGUUUAUGCCACCUAGUCCUUCAACUACUCCACCCCAUCUAUAUCAGCAAGGACCUCCUAGCUAUCAGAAACAGGGGAGUCACUCAGUAGCCUAUCUCCCAUACACAGCAUCUAGCUUACCCAAAGGUUCCAUGAAGAAGAUAGAAAUUACAGUUGAACCUUCUCAAAGACCUGGGACAGCAAUUACUAGGAGUCCUUCACCCAUCAGUAAUCAACCAUCUCCACGGAAUCAGCACUCACUGUACACAGCCACCACACCACCUUCAAGUUCUCCUUCAAGAGGGAUAUCUAGUCAACCAAAACCUCCAUUUAGUGUUAAUCCCGUGUAUAUCACAUAUACACAGCCAACUGGACCUUCAUGUGCUCCAUCACCAUCUCCUCGGGUGAUACCAAACCCAACUACAGUUUUUAAAAUUACUGUAGGCCGAGCAACGACUGAAAAUCUUUUAAAUUUAGUGGACCAAGAAGAGCGUUCUGCAGCACCAGAGCCCAUUCAGCCCAUUUCAGUGAUACCAGGCUCUGGGGGAGAAAAAGGGAGCCAUAAAUACCAGAGGAGUUCUAGUUCUGGAUCAGAUGACUAUGCCUAUACACAAGCCUUGCUGUUACAUCAGCGAGCAAGGAUGGAGAGGUUAGCAAAGCAGUUGAAACUUGAGAAAGACGAGCUAGAGCGGUUGAAGGCUGAAGUUAAUGGUAUGGAACAUGACCUGAUGCAGAGACGGCUCAGAAGAGUCAGCUGCACCACAGCGAUCCCCACGCCUGAGGAAAUGACAAGAUUGAGAAGCAUGAACAGACAACUCCAGAUAAAUGUUGACUGUACACUGAAAGAAGUUGACCUCCUUCAAUCUAGAGGAAACUUUGAUCCAAAAGCUAUGAAUAAUUUUUAUGACAACAUAGAACCUGGCCCAAUUGUACCACCAAAACCAUCUAAAAAAGACUCCUCAGACCCCUGCACAAUUGAGAGAAAAGCCCGAAGAAUUAGCGUGACCUCCAAAGUACAGGCAGAUGUCCAUGACACCCAGGCAGCAGCUGCAGAUGACCAUCUGUGUGGCUCCAAACCUAGUCCUCGGACACAGUCCCGAGAUGAAGACUAUGAAGGGGCUCCGUGGAAUUGUGACAGCUGCACCUUUCUCAACCACCCAGCACUGAAUCGCUGUGAGCAGUGUGAGAUGCCACGGUACACUUGAAUUCAGAAGAGCUGGCCCCGGGUCGAAAGGGAAACUUGAAGCACCCGCCAGAAGAAAAGGAAACCUCGGGAAUCUCUUCAUCUGCCCAGCCUUGUCAUUUCUGACUCCGUAGGGGAGGAGGAGGAGGAAUGGCACCUCAGCCACUGUGCUCACAAAGGAAAGAUGGGGAGGUCUUUCUGUUUCCUUAACUCAUUGCAGAGUAAGAGGUGGAAAGGGUUACUUGAAACCAGGAAAGGACUCGCUCCUGAAAGAAUGUACACAGAGAAGUCAAGAGUUCUUCUGUGGAAUCCCAGUCGUUAAAGUUACUGCUGGGUGGCCCUUAUUUUUUAAAGUUGAACUUUGAAUCGUGGUAUGAAAUGUUACAGUUUAUGCAGGCAAACUGUGAAUUCCAGAGCGGACUUUUCUGAUCACAUCUCUCUGGGAAACCAGGGCUCCCUGUGCUUCUUCCUGCUGCUUCCUGUAAAGAGAAGGAUGGGGAAAAGCACCCCAAAUACAUUUUUUGGCAAAAUAAUAAGGGUAUUUGUAAUUGCUGCUUUUUUCAGGGGUAGUUUCAAACACACAUACACACAGAUAUUUUAAAAUGUGAUUUGCAGCAGUCAGGAAUGAGGCAGAUCAUGCCCUUUGUUGGAAAGUACAAUCAGAGGCAGUAAGAUCCCUUUGGUUUGUACAGUGAUUCAUCAACCCUAUAUUAGCACUGGUAACUAAGACCUAAUUAUGCCACAUAAGAAAUACAUCUUAAGUUACUAUAUGUUUUAUUAGGCCAAUGGUUUUAAAAGUAACCCUUACAAACUAUGAUUUUAUAAAUGACAUUCUCAUAAAACUGCACUUUGCCAAUAGCAUAGUGAAUGUGUACCAAAUAUGAGUCCAUUCCAGAAGUCAUUUGGAAAUCUUGAGCUCCGCUGUGGUUAAGAAAUGUUUGUAGUCCAUCAGGCCGUUGUUCCCCCCUUCUAAUUAAGUGAUGAAUUCAUGAUGUUUACAGCAUAGAUAAUGCUUUGUGCCAUAAUCCUAAUUUAGCUGAAAAAAAUAUUAACUGUUCAAUAAAGAUUUAUUUGCACAUGUUUAUGAAAACAUGAGGGAAAAUAUAGUUGGCCAAUAUCAUAAAGUUGUACACUGCAUUAUUUGGGGAGCAGGAGAGGGCUAGUAAAGAAUUACUGGGCUGGGCCUGUACCUCAGCAGUAGAGUGCUUGCAGAGCAUGCACAAAGCUAGGUUUGAUCUUCCAGUCCCCCUCCCGGCAUACACAACAAAGAUGAGUAUGGAGAAUUUGAAACAUUUUAAAUUGAAUGUAACUGUUCUCAGAAAACAUACUGAAUUUGUUCAGGCAAUUCAGGUAAUAGUAAAGCACUAUGAAACAGAACUUAGUGUGACUCACUAGGGUGCAUCACUGAAAAAUUAGUAACAUUCAGAUAAGCGCAGUUCAGAAUUGGAUUUUGGACCCUCCCUCUGCUGUUUUGGUGAAGAUGAACAGCAACAAAGGUGGUAGGUUUUCCCAUCCUGAAGGGUUUUACCAGAGGUUAUGACCUUAGGAAUACAGGUGCCCCUUCCCCCCCAUUCACACACACACACACUCUGUGCUGUCAUUAUAUUCUAAUUUAGCGGUAAAAUCUGGCAGACCUGGAAAAACAAGCUGUACUUAAUAGCGUAAUGAAACCAAAGGCAUAACUCAUCAUAGUUUUCCAUUGAAAUCAUAAUUUCACACACUGCCUACAGCUUUGAAAACAUUUUUUCAUAUAUGGAAUAACUCCCCAAAAUAAUUCCUCUUGUUUCCCAAGGUAAGCAUGGUUAUAUAAUUAUACUGCUAAAACAUCUUUUAAUACAAUAACUGUGGCAAAACUGUGAAAAUAAUGCUGAGAAAGCAGAUGGGCUUAAAAGCACGAGCAGUGAUCUUUAAAGGAUUUUUGUAACACUGGUCUCUGUCACUCUAAUAACACAGUCUAGUAGUCCUACUGUUCUGUAAGAUGCCUUUGCCUUUGUGUGGUUUCAUAUCUUGUUAGUGGUGGUCAGCCCCACUUGGUGUUAAACAGUUUUGGGGAAAAUAUAUACAUACAUAUAUAUACUGCUUGGUGUUCUAGCUAAAAAGGUUUACCAGUGUUCAUAGUGAUAUGCUGCAGUGGUGGCAAUUAACUUGGCAGUUGUCAGUUGAAAAUGAAAGUAGCAUGUCUGAAAACAGUCUGAUACAGUACUUUAUUAAAACCAUGUAGAUGACUUUAAAACUUGCAUGAAAAUACACCAAGGUUAAUAAACUGUUAUCAUACAGUAGAUGCAUGGUUUCAGUCCUUUGAUGAUAUGUCCAGUCAAUCAUUGCUUUCACCUGCCAGGGGAGAUGAGGAAACAGUCUGUUUGCUAGGUGUGGAGGGUGGGAUAUGAAACAUCAAAGAUAGAUUUUAAGGAAGUUUUGUACACAUUAAUUUUCAGUUGUGCACAAGUUUCAUAUUCCAACAUAGGCUAUAUUCAGUUUUGAAAAGUGAGCAAAAAAUAAUUUGACAUUGAUAAAUUUGACACAUUGAACUGUUUCCCAUACAGACUGCUUCUUGCCUAUGACCAGUUUUAAUAAAAUUCACCCAACUUUCAAGGUGCCUUUUUAAAAGGAUCUUCUAGUCAGUUUGGUGGGCAUAAACACUGGCAUAUGUGGUAGGGUAUAAUGGGGUGAUGCUUGGCUGCUGGGGUGCCUGUAUUUUGGAUCAGCUGGUGCACUCCUUGAUUGUUGUAAGAGGUUUACUUUUCCUAAAAUACAUCUGGUUUGAUGUAUCUGGUAACAUACAGACCUGCCUGUACGUUUUACAUUACGUUAUUUCACUGUUUAUUGUAAACUGGGUUUUUAGAAAGCAUGUUUGGCAUUUUGUGUAAGUACAUUGUCCCUUAAAUUUUGGAGUUCCUUAAAAAGUUUAAAGUGGUAACAAGGAGCCAGCAGCUUUCUAGGCAUUGUAAAAUGUAUUGAAUUAAUAUUGAUCUAGUUUGGGAGAGAGUAGAGGCAGGGGGUUUUAAAGAAACAAAUGUGUUGUAAAAAUGUAGUUUUAGAACAGAUUAAUGAUGGUGGGGAAAGUGUUGCUAAUUUGUCUAUUUCCCUGGAAGAAAUGGGAAGUGUGAUAAGCAGUUUAAUUUUUAAAGAGCUGGUCUCAAUUUUAGUACUUUUUAAUUCUAAAAGAAAUCAAUGUUUCCUUAAAUUUUGUCAUUGCUUUGUCACAAUUAUUUAGGGUUCAUAUCCUUUCUGUGGCAAUUCAAUUUUAUAUAGUCUUUUAAAAGGUAACUGUAAUGUCUUUCUGACAGUAUAAACAAAAAGCAAGAAUAUAAAGCAUAGGAUUGUCCUUUAAAAAUAUCCACCAUGGGGCCGGGCAUUUAGCUCAGUGGUUCUGCCGCCUGCCUCGCAAGCGCAAGGUCCCGAGUUCAAUCCCCGGUACCAAAACAAAAAACAAAACAAAACAAAAAAACCAUGAUGUAUCCUGGAAUGUGAAGAUGUCCCUUUAUUGUUAAAAAUUGAAUUAUUUUAAUAUUGUACCAUUGUUAGACCUUGAAUAAGUAUGUUACAGUGUGUGUUUGUAUAUCUGUAGAGAAAGGAAAACAAUUGAAAUGUUACUUUAAAAAAUCAGAAUAAAUUGGGCACUGUCUGUUGCACCACUACUGUAUCUUUUUGAAAGAAUUAACAGUAUUUUCCUAUUGUGAAAGUUAAUUCUGAUGAUGUUUUCAUAUUCACCAGACAUUUUUUCUGUAUUAUUUGCAUCCCCAAAUAUUUAAUACAAGUAGAGUUUGCAUGGCUUGGGCAUUCAGAGAUUAAUAGAAUGACAACUCAGUUUUAAUUUCUAAAGCCAUGAAAGGUUGCUUUGAGACUGAACAAUUCUGAAUUCUUAUUUAUGACAACCAAUGUCCAUUUUUCUCUCCCUACUGUAAAAGAAUUAUUCAGUUUCUUCAUUAAAGCGGUAAGAACGUAUCAAAUCAUGUAAAUAUCAUGUUUUAGAUUUCUGUGUAUGCUGUGAAUGAAAUUAUUUUGAGAUGAAAUUGUACAAAGGCAUUUUGAAAGGCUAUGCAUGCAUCAUACCUCCAAACAAUACAUAUUCAAAAAGUCAGAUUCCUGCAAAAUAAAUUAAUAAACUAAAAGCAAACACUA